AUGGAACCAGCAUCUUCCCCAAGUGUGCCUGUUACCACUACACCACUUGUUACUACGGAAGUUACUGAUGAAGCCAGCGUUACAACCGCAGAUGAUAUAAUCGAGGAAACCUCCACUAUGGAACCAGCAUCUUCCCCAAUUGUGCCUGUUACCACUGCAAACCCUGUAACUACGGAAGUUACUGCUGAACCCAGCGUUACUACCGCAGAUGAGGUAAUCGAGGAAACCUCCACUAUGGAACCAGCAUCUUCCCCAGGUGUGCCUGUUACCACUGCUAACCCUGUUACCACGGAAGUUACUGCUGAACCCAGCGUUACUACCGCAGAUGAUAUAAUCGAGGAAACCUCCACUAUGGAACCAGCAUCUUCCCCAAUUGUGCCUGUGACAACCCCGGAAGCAACCCCCGAGGCCACUACGGGUGAGUCAACAGUAGAGAGCUCUGCAACUUCUGGUGAGAUAGUGGAGUCCACUACUGCAGCUACUACUCUAACCGUUGAAAACAGGCCGACAGAAGUAUCAACACCAGGUGGGCCAGCCACCACUGGGACUACGCAGGAGACGACCGAAGGCGAGCAAUUCACGGAUACUACGAUUAUGCCAUCUAUGGGAACGACGGGAUCUCCACAAGAAACAACCGCCAUGCCUUCUUCAACUGACUCUUUCACUGAUUUAUACACGGAAUCCGUUACUACGCCAGGACCCACAGCGGGACCUAUCGAACCUUCAGCAGAGACCACUGGAACGACCACGGUUGAGGUC